AAGCCAAGGUUGCACGGAUCGACAUGACGAUGCAGGCUAACUCGUCAUCGUGGAAAACAUCUUUGUUCGCGACUGUCGGGGACGUCAUGCGCUAGCCAAUCAACCGACCGUUAUGUAUCCGUUAUUUCCGGAAAAGCGAGAGGUUGAUUGGCUGCUCGCAUCGUGUGGCACGUGCUGUCGCGUCCUCUGUGUGAGAGCCAUUACUCGCGCGAUACCUGAGACUUCCGGUUCGACGGACUCGUCGAUGUUUGUUAUGCAGUGCGUCGCACGGGACCGAGCAUGAAAACGGCGGAGGGAAAAGUGGUAGUGCUGGGCUCGCAAGGUGUUGGCAAAACCAGCCUGAUCGGACGUUACAUGGGAAAGGUGUUCAAUCGCCAUGAGAAUCCCACGAUAGGAGCGUGCUUCCUCAACUGCAAUCUCAAUUUCGAGGACGCCCGGAUAAAGCUGCAAGUAUGGGACACCGCCGGCCAGGAGAGAUUCCGCUCGAUGGCGCCGAUGUACUACAGAAACGCGAACGCGGCGAUGCUGGUGUUCGACCUGACGGAAUACAGCACGUUCUCGGCGAUCAAGAGCUGGGUGACGGAAUUGCAACGGAACGUGGAGGAAACUAUGGUGCUAGUGGUGGUCGGCAAUAAAUCCGACCUGGUGCAACAACGGCAGGUGGACGACGAGGACGCUCGCGAGUACGCAACGAAGAUCGGCGCGACCUACUACGAGACCUCGGUGCUGCACAACGAGGGUAUCGAGGCGGUUUUCCUGGCGAUCGGUAUCGGUCUCCUGAAACUGCAGUCGGGCAAUGACAUGGAGACCUCCCUGAGAAUCGGCGAGUUCUCCAGUAGCUCUUGCAUGCGCAUCAACGGCAUGCCGCCCGCGCCCUCUAUCGAGGAGAGCCCGCAGAACAUGAGUAUCGCGUAUGCUAUACACGAAAAACCGUUUACCUGCUACUGCUAUACGAGAGUGGCCAUCGGGUCCAAAUUGUCCGACACGGACGUCUUCUCCAGCGUCACGGUAGCUAGUAUUUCCGAAUGCGAGGACGAGUGUUCCAAAAGGAGGAAUUCCUGCAACGCGUUCGCUUUCGGGAUCGGCAUCAAAGGUAACGGGACAUGUGCGCUGAGCACAAAAAUGCCGAAAUUCGAAGAACUGGAAUCCCAUAUCGAUUACGAUGUCUACUUGAGAAGUCAACGCUCACCGGAUUGCGAACCAGAUCGGCUCUACAAAAUGGGAAGCGGCGGUAUCGGUCAGGAAAGAAGAAACGAAACGAGACCGACCACGCGAUUCGGUAGCGGCCUUUUAGGCCCGACAAUGCCAAGUGUCCAGUCAUCUUCCAGGAUCAUGGGAAUGCCUAACGUCGCCAAUAAUCCCCCGUAUCAGCAAGGAUACACGUCAUCUUUCGACGACGAGCGCCGGAUCGGCGACAUUCUUCGGAACAAAGGUCCGCUUACCGGGAACAAUCCUUUCGGAACCAAGACCGAGAAGAUCGACAACUACAACGAUCUAUACCCGAACCGGAAGUUCGCGUUCGAUCAUAGGAUCAACUACGACCCGAAUGGCGGUCGCUCGGAUUUCAGUGGGCCGUUCUUCCAAAAUCCUUUCGCGGACGUGAAUCGGCUGAACCUCGCGUCUCAAUUCGACAGUGAUCUUCACUCGUACAAGACCCUCACGGUCCACAACGGGCCCUUCGAAGUUUUCUCAGGACGUAUCUUAAUCCACGAUGCAGCCGGGAAGUACAAAUCGCCGACGGACUUCGGAUUCUGGAACGAUCCGAUCAAGAAUCGAAACACGCUCGCGAAUCAUCGCCUCAACCAACAUCGAGACCACAGACUGCCCGACAACGCGUACAAGAGUCACGGGAUUAUCACGAAGCCGAAGCAGAACGAAUUAGUCACGGGGAAUCGCGAUAUCGAGAAAGUCCCCGCCGCCCGUCCGAGCAUCGACGGCUCUUAUGGUUUCGGGAGCAACGGCGCGAAGACCUCGUACGAAGGAUUCAAGGCUACCCCCGCCGUGAUCUGGAGACCAGGAUCGUUCGACGCUUUUCCCGGCUUUGGCGCGAAGAUCAGCGAAAAGUCGAAAUCGUGCUACAGGAGACUGCUGUCCGGCAAGAAGAGCCUGGAGCUGCACGUCAGACGCGCCAUCGAGUGCGAGCGGAUCGAGGACUGCCAUCGCGCUUGCGAUUACGAGAAGCUCUUCGCUUGCGAGGGUUUCAAUUACAGACGUAUCGGGCAUGGAACGAGAGGGAUGUGCGAGAUGACAUCGAUCCCGUACUCUCGUAUGGACCUCCACCGAGACUUCGUGUCGGAUCCUCAAUGCGACUAUUACGAGAAGGACCCGAAUUGUGUGGCAAACACGGCAGGAACGCGACCAUCCUGGUGGAAUCAACCGUCUAGACCUAGCCAGACCUACGGUAUACCUUCCGGCGGAAGGCCGGACGUUUCACGGAAGCGAUUCGGUAAUUUAACGAAGUUUACGUUUACGCAACUAUUAAAGCGUGAAUCUAAAUGUGCUUCUCUCUUCCCCUACCCUCCUGCGCCGACUUCGAUUCUGAUCCGCGCGAAAAUUAUUAACGCAAGACCUUACACGCCCGAUCGACGUCCUCUGAACGAAGUGCCGCGACCUUUGGAUUACGAUCGACGUCCCCUGAAGGAGAUCCCGCGGCCUUUGGAUUUCGAUCGACGCCCCGCGAACGAGAUUCCACGACCCUUGGAUUAUCCUCAUCACAGACCCGUAGAGCAUGACCGGCGACCGCCCGUGAUCUACGGAGAGCCUCAUCGCGUGCUCUUCGACGAUACGUUUGGUCAAAGGGGUUAUCCCGACGAAGGCUCGAUACGAAGCGGAUACCCAGUGCUAAGACCCGAAGACGGAUUUCACCACAGCGGCCGAUUUCCACCUAGCCGACCCAGUGAUGACGAUUUCUACGACCGAAACUUGCCGUGGCCACGGUAUCCGAAGUAUCCAGACAGAAGAAUCGAUCACGGACCCACUCAUGAUAUAGGUACAAACGAGAUCGGUCCUUACUUGCCUGAGCAUCGGAAAGACCCGAGUCGCGAUUGGGAUCCUUACGGCACCACUUACGGCGGUUCCUACGGCUACAACACGAAUUACGUGGGCAACAAGUUCGACAUACCGAAGUAUUAUCCGAAACAACGGCCUAAACCGCAACGACCCUAUGAGAACGAGCAAUUCUACGGCGAGUUUUACAAUUACGGAGGCGCAUUCGGAUAUGGCGACAAUUACAUACCAGCCGAUCAGGAUCCGCUCUAUGGCGAUGUCGGAAAGACGGACGAGUGCUCGGUCAGAGCCGGCGCGGGAUUCAGACUCGGUAGGGGAGUCGUUCGUAAAACAUACCUGACACCGAAUCUGGACCAAUGCGAGAGUCUGUGCGUUAACGAGCAAAACUAUAUCUGCAUGAGCUUUAGUUACAGGUACAAUGUAGCACCUACGGAUCCUACAGACAAUUGUCUUCUUAGUGACGUCUCAUAUAAAAAUUUAAAUUUCUACACGGACCUCGAGCCGGAUCGAGACUACGAUAUUUACGCUAUGAUCGCCAAUUCGAGAACUUGCGGCACGAAGAGAGGACCGAGUCAACAUCCUCCGGAUGAAUGUUUUUGGAGGGUCAGAAGCGGAUAUGGAAUGCCGGACGAUGUCGUUAGGAAAUCGAUAAUAGUUGACAGUCUAGGAGAAUGUCAGGUAGAGUGCACAGUAGCGCAUGAUUUUACGUGUAGAAGCUUCGCGUACAAAUACGGAUUAGAUCAAGGACGACAGGACAUUCUAACGAAUUGCUACUUGAGCGACUGGCAAUCGCAGGAUAUUAAUCCUUCUAAUAUGCCGGAUAUGGACGGCGCGGAAUUAUACGAAAGAGGCAGUUUCGGUAGAGGAUGUCAACCUUAUUCUGUGCCAUUUUUUAAUACCGGGCGAUUCAAUGGCAAACAGUUUUCACAAGAAGAUGAAAUAUGCUAUUCUGGAUAUGAUAAACCUUGCAAAUUGACGCCUUACGCCGUGCUCUUGGCGACGUACGUAAACUCCGAGCAGAAUUGCCGGCAAAAAUGCUCGAGAAUGAGAGAAAGCGACUCUAUUCCUUGCAUGUCUUACAGCUACAAGAUUACCACUCAUGGCACGGAAGAAAAUUGUUUACUAAGUGACGUACCAAUAAGAGACUUGCGACCGGGUCUCGACUACGUCCACGACGAUGAUCACGUCCUGUAUGCCUGGAAGGACCUCGACCCUCAGUGCGUGGUCACCGGCUACUCCAUUGACGACGAUCAUGCGUUUGGCGGACCAGGUCCACUGAGGCCGUCUCUUCCAGGCCCGUCAUAUCCUAAUUAUCACCCAGCAGGUGCCGAUUACCCGAGCAUGAGACCCGACGACGCUCAUCCCGAUCCUAGACCUUUCUUCACAAUGCCGAAACCGAACGGUCAUCAUCACGGUGUGAGACCAUACGACCCGGAUAGGCCCGACCCGAUCAAACCGUAUCGUCCCGGAUACAGCGGUUACGAUGACAAAUUUGCAUAUGGUAUUCGUCCCGGUGAAAUUGGUUACGGACACGAAUCUUUUUAUCCCGGUGAAUAUUCAACUUUCCGUUAUUACACGGUAAACGGUUAUCCAUGUAAAAGAGGCACAAAAUGCGAGAAGAAUAAGAUUGCUGGAUUUUGGUCCUGCGAGACCGAAGGAAGUGAGUUCGGUAGCUGGGAUUAUUGCUGUACACCGUCUCAACAUUGCGGCUUCUCGCAAGGAUAUCAUUACCCAUGGUGCCACGUCGGUGUUUCGGAAGACCAAUGGCGGCCAUGCAGCGAGAACUACUUUCCGUACCUUCCAAGUCCACGACCCUCCGUGCAUGGCCCGAGCGGCGGCGACGACGAUCAUCACCAUCGACUCGAUCCUCACGGUGGUCCCGGUUACUACGGCAGGCACUGGCCGAUCACGUACCUGCACCGGGAGCCGCCACCGAAUUGCACGGAUUCUUUCGCGUCAGCCGACAACAGCGGGAAUCGUCGAACGAACGAGACGACACCAGCAACGGCCGAGAAACCGACGAGCAUCGCGAUGUCAACCGAGACUAGCGACGGCAACAGCACGACCGCGGACACGAGAGCGUACCGACGACGAUUACGAACGAGAAUGACGCCGGCCAACAACGAUACGAGACGCGACCGCCCGAUAUACUUACGAAAAACCGGCGUCCAACCGUUAACGGCGAACCACGCUCAUCGUCCGGGAGUACGUGCCGCGCGAAUCGAGCAAGUUUCAAAACCGCCGCGGGCCGUUCCACUCGGCGGGCACACUCCCCACACCGUUACCGCCUCGCCACGCCCGACAGCUGCUGCCGCCGGCGGCGCCGGCGCGCAACUCGAGCGCGUGCGACUCGACGGCGGGAUGAUCAAAGUGCCUUUAAUUGCGCCAAAUAAUUCACUGCCGACGGGAACUUAA